AUGACUACUACUAAGGACGAAUAUGGUCGUAUGGUAACUACUACAUGGGAUGAAGUAACAACUGAAGUUGCUAUUCAUGAAUGGACAGAAAAUGUCUAUGAUAGUAAGAUUAUCGUAAAGGGUAUUGCACAUUGUUCUUAUAAGGAUCAGUUCUCUCGUAAGGUAGGUAAGCUAUUGGCUUAUUACAAUGCGGUAACUACUAUGUUGGAAAAUGGUUUGAUUUCCACCAAGGAAGCAGAAGAAUUUGAUUUGUUUAAGUUGGAUAGAGCACGUUUCGAUGUGAAGAAGGAUGGUAAGGCUGCACUUAAGGCACCUGAAGAUUUUUCAGAUAAGAGAGUAACAAAGAUUCUUGAUUCUAAGAUUCAGGAACGUUUGAAUAGACAGAAGAAUACAAAGCAACUUCCUUUAGAUGCAAUUGUUGCUUGUAUUGAUGUUGCUUCUAAGAAACUUGGUUAUAAUGUAGUUGUAACUGAUAUUGCAUAUUCUCAUUAUGAAGGUUUGUCUGAUGCAUAUCUUCUUAAGAAUGUUCCUGAAGCAUAUAAGACUACAUUAGAAGAAUAUAUUGAAAAGGGUAGAAAACUUGGUACAGAUUCUGAAUGGGCAUUCUUAAAACUUAUUAAGGAAUUUGUAAAUGAAAAUUGUGGUGGCAUUGUAGAAGCUGAUGAUCUUGUUCGUAUUGAACAUCAUACAGCACAUGCUUAUUCAUGUUUCCCUGUAUAUCAUGAUGAUGAUAUUGAAAAAACAUCACGUCAUACUUUUUAUUCUUUGACUGCUGAUGGAUUUGGUGAUGGUUAUUCUGGUAAGAUUACUCAUUAUGAUUUUAAUAAUGAAACUGUAAUUUCUGCAGUUCGUGUAAUUGAUUCUCCUGCUCUAGUAUAUCAGUUCUUUACUGGUGCAUUACAGUUUAAGGAACAUCAGCAUGAAGGUAAGGUAACAGGUUUGGCAGCACAUUGUGAAGCUAAUCCAGAUCGUGCUUUGGAAGUAUAUCAUGAUUUGUUGUUCUUAUUGACUGGUAAGAAGAAUUUACGUAAGUAUUCUCCAUUCUAUAAGACUGAAUUUUUGAAUGGUAAGGCAUAUGAUUAUUCUUCAACAGGAUUUUGGGUAGAUGAUUCUCGUUUGAUGCCAUUAACUCCUGAACAAGAAGAAAUGGUAAAGACUUCUACUAUUGUAGAUUUUGAAAGAUUCUUGAAGUUGAAGAAUACUGUUUAUAACUUUGUUACUGAAAGACUUGGUAAGGAUUAUAAUAAGGAUGACAUUCUUGAUUAUCUACAGGGUAAGAAGAAGUUGCCUGAGUCUAUGAAGUAUACACCUUGGGAAUUGGCUUAUGGUGUUCAGUAUUUUGCAGAACAGGUAAUUUUGAACUGGAUUAAGGGUGUCUUUAAGAAUAAGCCAACUAAUACAGAUUUGUAUAUGGCUGGUGGCUUGGUAGCAAAUGUUAAGUUAAAUCAGCGAAUUAAGGAUAGUGGAUUAUUUAGUAAGAUUUUUGUAUCUCCUCCAAUGGGUGAUGAAGGUACAGCAUUAGGUUGUGCAUAUAAGUUAUUCACUGAAAUUAGUGAUAAAUCCAUUCCUGAAUGGGAUGAAUGGGGUUAUGGACCAAACAUUAUAAUUGAAGGUGGUACACCAAUUGAAUAUCCAGGUUCUCAAUUCCCAGGUAAUAAUUUAGAUAUGAUUAUUGAUGAAGCAAUGACUAUUCCAGAACUUGAAGUAAAGUAUUUCAAGGAUAAGAAUGAUUUGAUUGAUGUAGUCACUGAUUUGUUGGCAGAUAAUAAGAUUGUACAUUGGUGUCAGAAUGCUGAAGAAUUUGGUCCUCGAGCAUUGAUGAAUCAUAGUACUUUGUAUACAGCAGAAGAUCCAAAUGGUACACAUACAUUAAAUCAGGCUAUGGGUCGUUCAGAAUAUAUGCCAUAUUGUCCAGUAUGUAAGAAUACUAAUGCAGAUGAAUUGUUUGAAAAUUGGAAACCAGGUGAAGCAUCAUGCAGAUUUAUGGCGAUGACUAUGAAUUGUAAGCCAGGUGUGGCAGAAAAGUAUAGAGGUGGUGUUCAUGUAGAUAAUACAGCAAGAGCACAGUUCAUUUAUGAACAUAACUCAUAUACAGAUGAUGCAUGGAAUAUUCUAGACUCUUAUGAAUUGAAGACAGGUAAUAAGAUGUUGAUUAAUACUUCUUUUAAUAUUCAUAAUACACCAACAUGUAAUUUGGCUAAUGAUUGUUGGGAUGCAUGGAAGCAGAGUGGUCGUGUCGAUGUUAAACCGUUUUAUUUUGACGGAAUCCCAGAAAGUAGUCAACAAACUACUUGGGAUGAAUUGAUGAAAUAUAAAUUAUGGGGAACUGAAUAUUUCUCAGUAGGUAAUGGUGUUAUUGUUCCUGAUGAAUCUGGACGUAAUGGUACUAAUGGAAAUCUAAAAGGUACUGGUUCAGAAACAUUAUUAGGCGGACCUAUUAUUGUUACUGGAGAUAUAAAUGUUGGUAAUGGAUAUACAUUCCCAUCUGGACCAACUGUUGCCAAUAGUUUUACUAUGGGUAACUUAAAUAAUGGUUAUUUUGGUGGUACAGUAUGUUUAGCUGACACAAAUGUUUCUCAACAAUUUAAACAAGGUUUGAUUAAAGGUGGUGGUGAAUUAACCAAUGAUUGUUCUACUCUUCCAAAAGCAGUAGGAUUAUCUAUUCCAUCUGUAGUUUGGCCUGAUUCUGAAUUACAUGCUAUAAAUGUUCCAAUGCAUGGAACUGGUUAUAUUGAUAUACCUGCUGGUGAAGGUUCUUAUGACAUUUAUUUGUCAGGUAUUACAAUGGACCAAGAAUCUAAAUUGUAUAUUAGAAUGCCAGAUGAAGGAAGAUUAACAAGAAUCUUUGUAAAUGGUAAAAUUUCAUUAAGUAACCACGCUGUAAUUCAAACUAUGAAUGGAUCUACUAUAGUUUCAAAUGAUGACUAUGGUGGAAAUCUUAUGUUUUAUACAUCAGAAGAUUUGACAUUUAGUAAUACUGACUAUUGUAUUCGUCAAGGUACAUAUAUUUCAGCAAAGACAUUUAGAAUGGUAAGUAAUGUUACAUUUGCAGGUCAGUUAUUAGGAAAUGAAUUAAUAAUUGGUGAUAAUGUUGAUGGUAAGAAUUUCUUAUAUGUACCAUUUGAUCCACCUAUUAUUAACUUAGGAGAUCCAAAGACAAAUGCAUUAGGUAACUUUGUUGAAAAUGAUAAAGAUGUAGAAGUACCUAUCUUCUUAGAUACAUUAGCUCCAGGUAAAGUAUUAUUUAAUUAUUGCUUUAUCUUAAAUGAAAAUGCAACCAUUGAUGAUUUUAAUAUAGAAAAUUAUCCAAUUAAAGAAUGUGGAAAAGAUAGUGGUGUUGUAAUCAUCAAUGAGGGUAAUUCUGUUCCAACAAUUCCUGUAAAAAUCAAUGUUAAGGAUGAUGGUAAAACAGAAGGAACUGAAGUAUUAGGCUUAAAGAUUUAUAAUGUAAGUGGUGCUGCUCUUCCUGGUAAUAAGAAAACUCAUGUAUUUACUUUGACAUUAUCUGAUGGUGAUUUAUUUAAGAUAAGUACUGAUGGAUUAGCAAAAGAUGUACCUGAAAAUAAGAAAGAUACUGUAUUAGGUCAAGUAAAAGUAUUAGGUGGAAAUGAAUUUGUAAGAUUUGAAACAACAAAUCCAAAAUAUACUAUUGAUUCUAUUACUGGUAUUAUUACAUUAAAUACUGCUUAUGAUUAUGAAGUAACAAAUAAAGAUACAAUUAAGAUAAUUGCAAAAGAUACUUCUAAAGUAGAUACUGUUGAUUAUGUAAUUAAUGUUUUGGAUGUUAAUGAAAAUCCAAUCAUUGAAAAUCAGAAUUUUAGUAUACUUGAAAAUAAUGGAACAAUUAUUUCAGUAGGUACAAUUAAAACUUCUGAUAUUGAUACAAGUAAAGCAUUUACAAAUAAUAAGAUAACAUUAACCGAUACUACAAACUUUAUUGUAGUUGGUGAUAAAGUAUAUCCUAAGAAAUCAUUUGAUUAUGAAUCAGGAGAUACUGUAUAUACAAUUAAGGCAUAUGUUACUGAUGUAAAUGAUUCUAAGUUGAGAGAUUCAGCAACAAUUACAAUUAAGAUAACAAAUGUGAAUGAAAAACCAAAAUUAGAUAGUGCACAGAUUGCGGUUGAUGAAAAUUAUACAGGAAUUGUAGAUACAAUUACUGCAAAAGAUCCUGAUAAUGAUAAACUAACUUAUAAGGUUAUUGAUAAAGGUUGGUCAAUAACAAAUGAAGGAGUACUAUCUAUUACAACUCCAUUAGACUAUGAAAAACAAAAAACAACGUCUGUUACAGUCAUAGUUUCCGAUGGUGAUAAAUCCGACACAUUAAAAUAUAAUGUUAAAAUAAACAAUAUAAACGAACCAGUACAUGUAAAAGAUACAACAUUUGCAAUCAAUGAAAAUCUUAAAGGUACACUAGGUAAAGUAACAGCAUGGGACGAAGACAAUGAUAUUAUCAAUUAUAUUAUUUCUGAUACUGUUAGCUAUAGUAUAUCUGAUGGCAAAAUAAUUCUUAAGAACCCAUUUGAUUAUGAAACAAAGAAAUCCGAUACUAUUACCGUAUGGGUUUCUGACGGCAAAUUAAAAGAUUCUGCUAAAGUCAUUAUUAACAUCAAUAAUGUUAAUGAACCAUUACAUAUUGAUAGCGUAAAAACAAGUAUCGAUGAAAAUUCUCCAAAAGGUACUAUUCUUGAUACCAUCCAUGGUUAUGAUGAAGAUGGCGAAAAGAUAACUUAUACUCCAAUUGGUUCUGACAUUACAAUUAAAGAUAGUAUUAUCUAUCUAAAUCGUGAUGUUGAUUAUGAACAAGAUUCUAUUAUUACAGUCAAAGUAAUUGCAUCUACUAAAGAUGAUAAAGAUACUAUCUCUGUAGUAAUUAAAGUUAACAAUGUUAAUGAACCUGUACAUGUUAAAGAUACAACAUUUGUAGUACCUGAAAAUACUACAGGUCCAAUCGGUAAGGUUGAUGCUUAUGAUGAAGACAGAACUACACCUACUUAUAGCGUAUCUGAUACUACAAAGUAUUCUAUUGACACUAAUGGUGUUAUUAGCAUAAAAGUACCAUUCGAUUAUGAAAAACAAAAGAAUGAUAGCUUAAUAGUCUAUGUAACUGAUGGUCUAAAUGUUGAUUCUGUUGUAAUUCAUAUCAAUGUUAAAGAUGAACCUGAAUCUUCAAAUGUUCAAAUCAUUCACGUAGAUACUCGUGAUUCUGUUUAUACUGAAACAGAUAAACCAAUCUAUACAAAUGAUAAAGAUAUUGAAAUCACAUACAAGACUGAUAAUAAACAUAAAGACACAACUAUUACUGGUCUAAAGGAAGGUGAGAAUAAGAUUGAAAUCUGUGACAUAGGUGAAGGUAAAGAUACCAAGGCUUGUGAUACUGUAAUUGUUUGGUAUUCAAACAAAACACCAAUUAUUACAGUCGCUACCAUUGAUAAGAAUAAGUCAAAUGUAAAUAACAUUACUAUCAUUGAUGAACCUGAUGGAAAUCAAUAUGUCAAUAACAAAAAUCCUGAAAUCAAGGUAACAGUUAAGGAUCCUACUAAUGCUAAGAAGGACACAACAUUCAACAUCAAUGUAGAUUUGAAGACUAUUGAUGUUCCAGUUAAAUCUUUGACUAAUAAGACUAUUCAACCACCUAUUAUUGGUGAUAUUGUGCCAAUGGGAAUGGAAAACUAUAAGUAUGAAACCGUUGGUAAAGAUUCAGUUCGUAUCUCUUAUUAUGAUCCUAUUGUUAAAGCAACAAUAAGCUAUAUUGUUAAUGAAAAAGAAGAAAGAAUCAAUGAUGAAUUUACCGUAUCUUGGGUUGAAAAGGUAAAUGGACAAGAUGUUACUAUUUCCUAUACAACUGAUUCCUAUGUUGAAGUAAAAUCAAACUACUCCAUUAGCUAUUCAGUUCCACAAGGAAAGGACACUAUCACUGUUUCAUAUCAGGUUAAUUCUGAAGGUAAGAUCCAGAAGACAAACGGAAAUGUAGGUUAUACUAUUAGUUACUCAUAUACUAAUGCUUAUGGAAAUACUGGUACAUCUGAAAUUCAAGUAGUUCUUGAUGAUAUUCCACCUAAGGUAGAAAUCUAUAAGCUUAUCGCCGGUAAAGAUACUCUUUACCCAGGUGAUAACAAGAACUGGACAGAAUAUGUUGCAUCAAGUUCAAUUAUUGUAUUCUGGACUGUAGAUGAUAUUGAACAAGAUACCUUAACACUUCAAGGUUUGAAGGCAGAAAAGAUUAACCCAAUCGUUCGCUGCUAUCAAGACAAGGCAAAUAACCAAACUUGUGAUACAGUAAUGGUUUAUGCAAAGGGAGCUAAGGAAAUUGAAAUCAAGAUAGCUCACCCAGUAACUGAAAUUGAUAAGGAUAGAGUUGAUUCCUUCUAUAAUGAAGGUGGCAAGUAUAAUCCUAAGAAUCCAAUUCAGAUUAUUGCUCAAGAUGCUUCUGAAGAUAAAUUGCCUGAACCUGUAGGUGUUGGUAUUAAGAUUGGUUUAGCAUUGCCUAUUCUUAAUCAGAAUGGCGGUAUGCCUACUGCUGAUGAUAUUAUCCAAACCAUUGACGGUGUAACUGGCAUUGUUAUUGAUGGCAACGGAAAUGUGGUAACUGACGCUAUUGCAGAAAUCAGAGAUAAUUCAACCAAAGUUAUUUCAGUAGAUAAUUACAUUGAAAAUUAUUGUACAGAUGCAUAUAAAGAAGAAGUGAGAAAGAACGGUAUUGAAAAGGUUCCAUUCUAUGAUAUGAAAUACUCUAUGCAUGUAUGGAUCUUUAAUAACAAUGCUAAUUAUGUAAAUGACUUUAAUUUUGAAUAUACUAUUGAUGAAAAUCAGAAAGUUGAUGCAUCAGGUAUGUUAAACUUAAUGGUUGAUUGGUUGGCAGCAAAAGAUGGAUAUGUAAAGGCUAAGAAUGGAAAAGCAAUUGGUACUGGAGCAUAUUUGACUAAGUUGGAAGCUAAAUCAAUUUCUACUGCUAAAUGUUCUUUAAAUGCAGAAACACAGAAGGGAACAAAGAUUAAGAAGACAGAAUAUGAUUUAACUAGUUUUGGUUAUAAGAGACCAACAACAAAAUAA